AUACAGCGUGCUGCCCAGAAGAACGAUGUUGACCCAGGUGCUUGACAGACAAAUCUUUUUAGCGCACAACUAGGCUAUACAACUUCAAAGACGUAUCAUUGUCCCUUUAGAGAGCCAAUGAAGUUUCUUUGUGACGCCCAAUUGGUUGGGGAAGUUUACAGCAUGUAAACAGUGUGUUAUAACAUUGCGGGAAAUUUGUAUGUGAUCUUAAAAAAAAACUAACCAUACGAAAUCAACAAAAGCAAAGUUUUUAAAGAUUUUCUAGUGAUGUCCUCACCAACACAGGUAAAUACAACUGAUACUCCCACGACUAAACGACGUUUUCUUGGAGCUGCAAGAAGAAAAAGACCAACUUCCUCAGUGCCAUUUUCACCUCAACAGGGAACAGAGCAAAAGUUUCUCACGAGCGACAUUGACAACCUAGACUCGCGUCAGUCGACAGAGGACAAGCAGCAAACCCAAACCACCGAUUCUUGCCUAUCAAUAAACGACUCAACUGUUCAACAUGGUGCUCAGAAAAGAACUUUGGAAGGUGAUUCAUUCAAUGAGACUGUAGAGAAAUCCUCAGUUUUGAUUACUCCAGUUCGCAGAGGGGCGAAUGGUAGGAAAGGACUCGUUUCACAAAAUGACAACUCUACUCCUAGUCUUAGGCUGAAAUGUCUUGGGGAGACAGCCACAUCUUCUCUGUCCUCAUCUUGUCUGGAUGACCAAGCAACACCCGUUCAACGGCUUCCAGUUAGAAACUCACUCAGUGGCUCUGCAAGGAAAAGAUUCCGUCAUGACUUCAAAUCACCGAUGAGAAGCAACCAGGGCUCUUCACCGAAACCAGCGGAACAACCCGACAGGGCUAAAAGUAUCGAAAGCUUGCAGCAAACCUUGGAAGAGAUAAAGACAGAAAUUGCAUCCUUACGAAACGAGGGUUUUUGCGAGGAUGAGCUCCGGACACACAUCACUAAGAUGCAUGAAUACAAUGAGCUUAAAGACACUGGUCAGAUGAUACUUGGAAAGAUAGCCAUGAUAGAUGGAGUAACUACCAAAGAUCUUUAUGAGAGGUUUGGUCUGGAGCUAAACGACUGAUGGAAUCUUCAAUUUAAAAGAGCAAGUAAAGUCCGGAGUCGCCACCUUCCUGAUUCCACCUAUGGACGCUGCCUUCAGUUCCUCAUCAAUGAUGUCCUUUUCCCUGGAUUGUUUGAACAUCCC